UAAUUUUUUGCUUCCCAGACCAGGAUGAAGUCAAUCCAGUUUUGCUUCCUUUUCUGUUGCUGGCAAGCCAUUUGCUGCAGUAGCUGUGACCUAGCCAACAUCACCAUUGCAGUAGAAAAAGAAGAGUGUCGUUUCUGCAUAAGCAUCAACACCACUUGGUGCGCAGGGUACUGCUACACCAGGGAUCUGGUGUAUAAGGACCCAGCCAGGCCUAACAUCCAGAAAGCAUGUACCUUCAAGGAGCUGGUGUACGAGACAGCGAGACUGCCCGGCUGUGCUCACCACGCAGACUCCCUGUAUACAUACCCAGUGGCCACCGAAUGUCACUGUGGCAAGUGUGACAGUGACAGCACUGACUGCACCGUGCGAGGCCUGGGACCCAGCUACUGCUCCUUCAGUGAAAUGAAAAAAUAAAGAACAAUGG